CGACAGCGUAAUAGAACAUUUCUGUUUAAUGCAACAUAGGAUUCGAUUUGUAAAGUUGCUUGAGACAGAUAAUUGCAGAUUGAAAACAUGUUAUGUUGUCAUCACACAGUAAUGCUCUUGGGCAUGACUGAUGAAUCCUGACAUUAUUCUAACUGUGGUUGUGUACGAUAACCCUGUCCCCAGAUGAUGAGCCGUGGCAGAGGGUCAAUGCCUACCUCAUCCAUGACACUGCAGACUGGAAGGACCUGAACCUCAAGUUUGUCCUGCAGGUUUACAGAGACUUCCAUCUCACACAGGACAGGCAGUAUUUACAGGACAUGUGGCCAAUCUGCCAGGCGGUGAUGGAGUCGGAGAUGAAGUUCGACCUGGAUGGAGACGGACUCAUUGAGAACUCUGGAUAUGCAGACCAGACUUAUGAUGGAUGGACAGUGACUGGACCAAGUGCUUAUUGUGGUGGGCUGUGGCUGGCGUCGCUGUGUGUGAUGUGUAAGAUGGCCAUCCUGUUGGACAAUAAGGAGAUGUACCAGCUCUACAGAAGCACACUGGACAAAGGCAGCACUGCAUUCGACAAACUGUUGUGGAACGGUAAGAAGUUUGUGUUCACUGUGGAUGUCCACACACACUCUAUUUGACUAUUCCCACAUAU